AUGGCGACAUCCGACACGCCCGUUGCAUCUCGGAACCUUCAGAAAGAGCCUUCGCCGCCCGUAAACAUCCAGAAUGCCCGUGUCGCCAACGCUGCUAUACCCAUCCUCAAUCUUCCCGCCGAGCUUCUAGGAGAGAUAUCUCUUCUUGCGAUACUGGAAUACAUACGCGAAGACGAGGGGUACAGGAACUCCACUGCGCUCACCUUUGCCGCUGUAUGCCAUCAUUGGCGCGCAGUAGCACUCGCUCAACCUCAACUAUGGGCGCAAGUCCCUCUGAGCGGGAUGUUACAUCGCACCCGACUUUUCCUGGCACGCUCGCGCUCUGCACUUCUCACGCUCCAUAUGUUUCGGCUGGACGCACAUGGACGUUCGUGCGUAAAGGAGUGGUACCAGGGUCUAGCGGCUCUGCUACGCGAGCCCUCCGUAUCGACGCGCGUACAGAUGGUCCUCUUCAGGAACCAGCAGUGCUCCAGCCAUGGUCGACGAUACUCUUCGAGCGACGUCGACUGCGUCAUGAUCAGCAGAUACCUUCUGCCCCUGCUCAACGACGUCGACUUUCCGUCACUGUGUCACGCUAUUCUUCUAGAAGAACCCGACCCGCUAUCCGGAGAACCAGACGGUGGAACAGAUAUCGAACCCGCUUUCUUCAACCGUUGUUCGGGAUUGCGUACUUUGCGAUUGCUUUGCUGUCGUUUACGCAUUCCUCAGGCAUAUUCCGCUCUGCCCGCUCUCAGACGCCUAGAGAUUGUUGGCCAGAGCCCGUCGGUCCACUACGAGGACAUGCUAGCCGUACUGAAGAUGAUACCCCAAUUGGGUGCCCUCCACGUAGGCUGUAUGGAAAGCGACGAGGACUUCGAUUUUGAAUGGACGCCUGACCCCGAUACGACGCAUUUCCUACCCUCAGGCGAACUCGUCCCCCUACCAAACUUAUACGAGAUCCGCGUUCAGUCGGAGGCGACCACCAUCAUCGCUUUCCUCUCCCGAUUAUCCUACUCGUCGAAUGCUCGCGUUCAUGUCGAAGCCAGCCUCGGAAUUGACGACGAGGAUGAGGAAGGAGAGGGGUACAGAGCUAUCAUACAACACUUGCUCCCACUGGACUAUGCCAAGCAGAACGCACUGCCUAAUUUCGUACUCUCACUCGGUGCAGAGAGCGUGGCCAUAUCCAGCCUCAUGGAGGAGUGUCCCGAGCUUUCAGAACUUGACGCAAGCGCCAAGGAGCUCGACGCCAGGAGAACCGCGCUCAUGGACAUCGUGCGACGGCGGAAGCUCUGGGAGUACAAGACCAGCGCCACGAAGCCAUCUCCGUCGGUUCUCCAGCUUGGCGAUCAUCAUCACCAUCCACCUCGCCAUUUCACCUUGAGUAUGCUGGUGGAUUGGGAGCAAACGCCGUUCGUCCAAAAUGUCAUCGGCUCCGAGAUUCCGAAUGUCUCCAACCUGAGGCUUGUGGUACAAACCGAGCACCGAGAAGGGGAUGAGUCGUCCAGCGAAUACGAGUCGGACCCGUACGACUACGACUUCGAUCCUGAUUACCGCGCUUGGAAAGCCGCCAAGAAGAACAAGUGGAGAAAGCGCAAUGCCAAGUGGGGUGCAAUCGGGGAUACACUACUACCCAAGUCUUGGGGGCCCGUUGAGUAUCUGCAGAUUGAAGAAUAUGCGAUACCUGGCUUUGUGAAGGCGCUCUUGGCCAUGCCGGACGAUCCAGCAAGCGUGUUGCCGAUCAUACGCGACUUGCGAGCUUUGGACAUUCGCGGUGUACGCCACCUCGAUUCGCCCCACACCGAGCUCAUGGAAGGUCUUCAACGACGCACGAAGGUGCUUGGUCGGUUGGAUCAUCUGUGUAUGGAAGACCCGGACGUGUGGCGGGGGGAACCGGAUCCUUCACAUGUAUUCGAAUUCUAUGUCGAAGAUCUUGAACCUCUCGUUCAGCCGGGUGGUCUGCGCAUUCGGACGUUGCAUGACGCUCUUAUGGAGCAAGAACUAGACUGGGAAGCCAGCGCUGAGUAUCCGAAGCCUCGGCACUCGAGCUGGAAGAAGUGGUGA